GCCUUGAAAACCACGCUAGCUUUUGUCGAAGAAAUCUCCUUUGACUCUUCUGUCACUGACCUGCUCACCAACACACUCAGAUACUUGAACGCAUCUGGAGCGCAGGAGUGGAGCUCUGUCCAGUCGUAUAAAACCCGACCAGCUGGCCAGGUUGUUGUAAUGGGGUCAGACGAUCUUUUGGUGUUGGUGGAAAGGUGCAGAGGUCGUCCGUCCGUCAGUUGACUUGUUGUGGACUCGCCAGCAGGAUAUGUUUGCUAUGUGCUGCUGGCCGUGCCAGCAUUCCAAAAUCUUAUCUUUUCCUCUUUGAUGUUGCAGCUCCAUGAGCAGAGCUUUCGGCAGCAGAAUCACGACUAGAUCAGGAGUAGUGCUCAACAGUAUUGUGCUGGACUUCUCCUGGCCGGGCAACAUCCAAGCACAAAGUCAUCAGGUGCGCUAGCGUGAAACGUGCUGCUGACAGCUGGGGCUCCUCGUGUGUUGUCUGUGCAGAGGAGCAGGAUCCAGCCUGGAAAGAAGCCCCUAUUAACUGUGAUGCCCAUAAUAGUGGUGCCAGUCAGACACAAAUGUGGGAUGUACAUGGCGCUGAGCUGUGCGCGCUCGUGCAGUUUGAACGUCAUGACCAAGGUUUGAUCACAGACUUGGAGUCUUCGUGAUGGGACGCUCUUUCAUUGUGUGACUCGUUUACUCCAGCUGUUCAGUUUCCUGUCCCACCGUGGGGUAGACAACAACAACUAUACCCUUCAGGCAAACAUAACACGUGAGUCCAUGACCGAUGACUUCCUGUCAUGUCACUGACCAUUGUCACGGGAAUGACUUGUUUUUGACAGUCAGGAAUCCACAAGGGGGUCAGAAAAUGGCGGUUUGGGGAGUCCUUAGAAGCCGGGACGCCUUCAACACCCUCACCGUCACAGCUCGAUAGUUUGCUGUUUAAUAAAGAUUUUUCAUAACUAGGUUUCGAGGAAGCAUGUUCAGUACACACACACACACACUCACUGUAGAGAGAUAGUGUCAGUCACACAUACCAGCAGCAUCACGGGAGCGGACGAGUCAGACACAAGCGUCUUCAGAAACAAACAUGUCACUCAAAGCUUGACUCAAAGGAGUCAGCCUCAUCUGAGGAGUAGAUAUCAUUAAACAUGAAGCCUUUGGGUAGGUGGAAUUAUUUUCAUGUCUGCAUGUAAAGACUAUAAAUGUCAAGUCACAGGUCAGGAAAAAAAAAUAGUCACUGACAGGAAAUAUGGGUCCAAACAAUACAAAGUACUGGUUUACUACCUCGCCUCAUGACAUAAUACUGACCUGCAUUGGAAGUUGUCCACAUCAGCACUUAGUAUUGAAUAAAAUGACUUUGAUCUAGCCGCUACGUCUCUAGUUUGAAGCAUAUCAAAUGAGAUACUUGCAGCAUGAUGGACUGCUUUAAUGGACAAUACAUAAAUAAGAUGUAACAAAAUUAAUUACAUAAAUAUUACAUGAAUAUGCAUUGAGGUUGAUCUUUAAAUUUCAAAGCUCUGCACAGAUACAUUUAUUUUCCGGAGUCCCACUGCAGCUCCUUAAAUCCUGAGACUUUUCUUUUACCCAUUAAAGAAAUGAAUUUCAAUUACUGUAAGUGGAAUAUGAAAGUGAGUCCACAGCAACAAAACAGAUCAGGUGAAUUCUGUUAAAUAACUGACAAAUCACAUUUUAGUCAUGAAAAAACUUACUUUACUGUCUUCAUUGAAUAAGUUUCUAUAUUAAUAGAACAAAAAAAACGACGGAAAUAAAUUCUGUUCUAUGGAGUUUUUUUAAGUAAACGUUUUGGCUGAUAGUUUAAUGAACAGUUUUAGUUCUAGACCACAAAAUCCUUCUUUUCAUUCUUUCAUGUAAACGACGCUCACUCCCGAUGCCGGGGGGCGUGGCUGCGUUAUUGGGGCGUGGCCGCUGAGCGACAGGUCACUAUUAGGCGCCUCACCUCAGCUGCAGGGCAGAUGACACCGAUAUCACCGCGCACAGCUGAUCUCUCCACAGUCAAUGGAAGCGAAAACGCUGUAACCUGAUCUAGUACUCUCUCUCCGGUAUCCUCUGGUGAGCUGUCGUUUCAAGCGUGUUGGAGCAGGGCAGCAGCGAGUGCGCACACAUGGAGCCCAGGAGUCCCGUGAAGGAGAAGUUCUUCAUCGUGAUUCGAGGGAAGUCGAGGAAGGGUUUCUGUCGAGGAUGCAUCGGCCGGGUGGAAGCGGAGACCCCGCACGGGGAGCUGAUGGGUCUCCUGUACUGUGGCGGGAGCAGCAGCGCGGGGAGCCCCAAACACGGAGGCAUCGUGAGGAAGGAGGACACGUAUCCGCUCAGCCGCCACCAGGCCCAGCUGCUUCUCUACGUCUCGUCCAGCAGCAAGCGGCUGGAGCUGCUGUGUAACCCCCAGCUGUUCACCGCCAUCGGCGAGCUGACGCAGGACGACCUGGUGGUGGUGAAGUACAAGAAGGGCCACCUGCCGGCGGUGGUCAAAAACCUGAUGCAGGUCGGGAGGAAGGAGAACAAGGAUGACCUGCUCAUGGUCGCCUUCGAGCUGGAGUUUGUGGAUGGUGAAAACAGUCUGUCCUCCAAGAAGCAACCUCCUCUCCCCCUCUUCAGUGCCGCUGACAUCAUCCAGGUGGUUCCUUCCAGCGCCGUGCCCAAGUGGCGAGACAGCCAAACUGCAGGUUUAACUAGGAAAGCGGUGACGCGCAUCAACUCGCUCUCCAGUAUCGGAAGACGAGAGCGACGACUCAGCGAUGACCUUUCUCAGAUAAGCGCCACGGAGAGUCGGUGCCCAAGCCCUUUGACUGUACCGCUGGACGUCGGCUCCAUGGUGGAAGUGGUGUCCAACACCGGGGUCACGGUGUACGGAGUCUUACACUGGAUAGGCGUUCCACCUGGAAAGACGGGUGAAUGGGCUGGCAUUGAGUUGGACUACGAGGUGAAUGGCUGCUCGGACGGCAAGUACGGAGGCCAGAGGUACUUCACCUGCAAAGGGAACAGAGGCUUGUUUGUUCCCAUCACCAAAUGCAGCCCGGAUAGCAGGUUUUCCCGCUCGUCCAGUGUAACAGAGACCCCUGAAGCCUGCACACCGCCUCCAGAUCCUCCAUAUGAAGACUCUGGGGAAGAUGCAGCGCCGGUUCCUGAAUCAGAGGCAUUGUCCGUGUUUGUGGGGAAAAUGAAGGGGAUUCAGGGUCACAUCAACUCCUGUUACCUUGAUGCCACCCUCUUCAGCUUGUUCAGCUCCUCUGUGACUCUGGAUAAUAUCUGCCGAAGAUCUGCUGACACAGAGCGACCCAUCACUUGUAGUCUGAGGAAAAUAGUCAACCGUUUACGCAGGCAGGGGUUCGUACCUGCAGAAAGUGUGAUGAACUUUCGCAGACAGCUGGGCUGUGACACCUUCCGGACACAUGAGAAAGAUCCAGAGGAGUUCAUUACAGUCUUAUUUCAAAAGGCGCUUUGUAUGGAUCCACUUCUGAAACUCAGGUCAAGGCAUGAAACCUCGCAGGGUGCGUACACCUUUCAGAUCUUCUUGGAGAAAGAGCAGCUGAGAGACGUGCCCACUGUCCAGCAGCUGAUGGACACUUCCUGCCUGUCGUGCCACCUUAAGUUUGAAGAGAGGCCAUCCUGCUUGAUGGUUCAGAUGCCGAGGUUUGGCAACAAGUACAAGAUGUUCUCUCACAUCAUCCCGUCUACGGAGCUGGACCUCACCGACCUCUUGUACAGCUCCGUGCGGGAAUGUUUCGUCUGUGGGCAGUGGGCGGAGCACGAGUGCCUUCAGUGUCUGGCCGAUCGCAAACUUCAGCCGGGGAGAAUCAAGCAGUACUGCGCCACCUGCAACACGCAGGUGCACAACCAUCCGUCGCGGCAGGGUCACACGCCCACAGCGCUGGCUCUUCCAGCUCACAUUCCCACUGACCUACCUGCGGCCAGGCAGACCAUGCAGCUGUUCGCCGUGCUCUGCAUCCACACCAGCCAUUACGUGUCCUUCGUCAAGUACGGCGCGAGCCCUCACGCCUGGCUUUUCUUUGACAGCAUGGCAGACCGAUGUGGUGACGACCAGAGCGGCUACAACAUUCCUGAGAUCCGGGCUUGUCCGGAGGUGGGUGACUUCCUGUCUCAGUCGGAGGAGGAGCAGAGUCGUGCCAACCCUUCACACGCACCUGAGCUGGUUCGGAGGCUGCUCUGUGACUCUUAUAUGUUUUUAUAUCAGAGCGCAGCUUCCUAAGCUCUAAUCUGGAGUUUCUGUAUCUGGGGACGUGAACAACAUGUUCUCACAACACAACCCUGGCUAUUGAUCAACAAGAAUUUCUCUAAUUUCCACCGACUCCAGAGACCAAAACUGAUGCUUUUACUGUCGCCAUCUGAAGAAUAAAGAUAACCUUAAGACAGACGGCGCUCGUAAUGCUCUUCAUCUGCUCAUUGUGGGUCAACCAAUGCUGUUGCCAUCACUAUCUUUUAUCUGUUGUAUGGUUCUCGCUAACAAUUAUAAGAUUAAGUCUUAAGUAAAUUAAACACUGUCCUCACAAGCACUGGUCUGAUGAUGUCAUGUCUGUGUAAUGAACAUGUUCUUUGAUAUAUUUAAAUAA